GGGCUGGAGGGGCGAAGGCGCGAGAGCGCGAGUGCGCGUGCGCGAGCGGCGGGGCUUUCUCCGGAGCCGUCGGAGGGAGCCGGAGCGCUUCUCCCGAGAUCGCUUUGCUGUGGUCCAGCAUGCAGAAGUGAGCGUGUGGCGCAAGGCAGCAGAUCCGAUGGGUUGCGAGGAUGUAAGAGCGUUUGAAGGCUUCCACACCCUCUCCUCCAGGCACCAUGAUCUAAAACAAGCUCCGAUCUAUGAUGUUGUAAUGCUGGCUGGCUCAUGGUACCCCACUGUGUGUGUGGCUCUGAUUCACUGCUGUUAAAUAGGAGAUCAAAGGAAGGCCUCAGAAGGGAAAGUAUCCGGACAGAAGUGAAUCACGACCUGGCUGAAAGACAGAAUCAUGAAUAAACUGGAGGACAAGCAGGACCAGAUGAUACCAUGAAGAGAAGGUUACAGGCCCUCUAUUGCCAACUGUUAAGCUUUCUCCUGACCUUGGCACUGACCAAAGCACUGGUACUGACCGUCCAGGACCCAUCUCCCAGGGAAUCUCUGCAGACCCUCCCCUCAGGCAGCCCCCCAGGCACCAUGGUGACAGCACCUCACAGCCCUACCAGACUCUCCUCCGUGGUGACACUGAACCCUACACCCGAUGGACCCUCAUCACAGGCUGCAGCUACUAUGGAAGCUACAAUAUCUCAUCCAGAAGGGCACCCUCCUACAGACACCAUGUCCACGGUUACGGCGACAGCUGCCAGCCCCCAUCCUGAAAGCCCUCUGCCCACAGGUUCCCCUCCAGCUGCCAUGACAACCACAUCCUCCCACUCAGAGAGCCGCUCCCCAGGGGAUGCUGCUCCCGCCACCACCCUGCCAACCAAGCCAGCAGGAACCACCAGCCGCCCCACAAUGUCCCCACGGGCCACCACUCGUAGGCCCCCCAGACCUCCGGGCUCUUCCAGGAAGGCGACUGGUGGUUCAUCUCGUGCUCUCACACCUGUACCCGGUGGCCACUCAGCAAGGAAGGAAAACCAGAGGGGACGAAAUCAGAGCUCGGUACACCUGGGGCCGAAGCGUCCCCUGGGGAAGAUCUUCCAAAUCUACAAGGGUAACUUUACAGGGCCCAUGGAGCCAGACCCCUCUGCUCUCACACCCAGGACCCCACUUGGGGGCUACUUCUCUUCGCCGCAGCCCCAAACAGUGUCUCCAGCUACAGCACCCAGAAGCACCUCGUGGGUGCCCCCCACAACUUCCCUGGUACCUGCAAAGGACAAGCCAGACCUUAUCAGAGCCAAGCAGGGGAGUGGCCCCACAUUUACCAGCCCAGGAGGGGAGCCAGAUGCCACAGCAGCCUCAGGUGCCCCUGCCAGUACACAGCCUGCCCCAGUGCCUUCUCAGAGCCCUCACGGUGACGUGCAGGACAGCGCCAGCCACAGUGACUCUUGGCUUGUUGUCACCCCUGACCCUGACAGACCCACGUCUGCCAGUUCUGGGGUCUUCACGGCUGCCACAGGGCCCACCCAGGCUGCCUUUGAUGCCAGUGUCUCAGUCCCUUUCCCUGGCAUCCCUCAGGGACCAUCUGCAACCCCUCAGGCCCCAACCCGGCCCUCUGGGGUUUCAGAAAGCACUGUUUCUCCAGCCAAGGAAGAGGCUGAGGCCUCCCCCACCACAACCGACAGGGGUCCCAGGCCUCUCUCCACAGUGCUGUCCACAGCCACAGGCAACUUCCUCAACCGCCUGGUCCCUGCUGGGACCUGGAAGCCGGGGACAGCAGCCAACAUCUCCCAUGUGGCUGAAGGGGACAAGCCCCAGCACAGAGCCACCAUCUGCUUGAGCAAGAUGGAUAUUGCCUGGGUCAUCUUGGCCAUCAGUGUGCCCAUCUCUUCCUGCUCCGUCCUGUUGACAGUGUGCUGCAUGAGGAGGAAGAAGAAGACAGCCAACCCUGAGAACAACCUGAGCUACUGGAAUAACGCUAUCACCAUGGACUACUUCAACAGACACGCAGUGGAGCUCCCGAGGGAGAUCCAGUCCCUAGAGACCUCAGAGGACCAGCUCUCAGAGCCUCGCUCCCCAGCCAAUGGCGACUAUCGAGACACCGGGAUGGUCCUUGUGAACCCCUUCUGCCAGGAAACGCUGUUCAUGGGAAGCGACCAAGUUUCCGAGAUCUAGACGCAGCGGCCUCCGCUUUGCCACUCCUUAUUUUUGUCUCCAAAUUAUAAAUAUUACAAAUAUAAAUAUAUAUUAUAAAUAUAACCUUUGUGUAACCCCGACUUAAUGAGAGACAUUUUCAGCUUUUUUUCUUAAGAAUUGUCAACAUCUUUUUUACAAGUGUGGUUUAAAAAAAAAAAUUUACAGAAUGACCCACGGCUUUAUAAAAUAAAGGUAUUUCUAAGCAAAGCGGCUGCACUGAUUGCUUCUCUUAACUGUUCUGGGCAUGUAGAGGUUCCAGGAGCCCUGGGCAGGUGAGGAAACAGACCAGUCUCCCGUGGAAGCUGAAGGUUGGCAGAGUCAAAUGGGUGGCCAUCCGUGUGGGCGUGGUGCUCCGGUUCCCUUGACUCAGUGUGCCCCCGUCUCCUGCUGUCUUGUAUGUUUCCUAGUGGCAGGAGCUGGGGCUCCACAGCAGAAGACACAGGCAAGUGUACAAAAGGGAACGGAUCUUGUCAGCCUGGAGUCUCACUGUCCCAUGACUGAAUGUGGGGUUUGGCAGGAUCGGUGAAGGUCACCAGGCUCCAGCCCCCUUUCGUGACCCCAUGGGAUGCUCCCGCCAUGGGGAUGCUAGGACAAACAGAACUGCCUUUGUCUGGCAGCAAAGUGGUCCCUAGAAACCCUUCUCAUCAGCCUUUCCAACACCCCCACCUGCCCUGGACCCCCCACCUCUCAUCCUGGAGGACAGAUGCGGAUCGCAGCCUAGGGGCUGUGCGGUCCUUGCCUGUCCCUGUUCAAGGGUCAUGUGUUAGGAUUCAGUAUUGCUUUCUCCAAGGGCAAUGAUAUUAUGCCCCUGAGAAACAGGUUUGUCUAGAAAGAAAGCUUUGUGGUAUAGAACUAUUUUUUUUAACCUUCCCCCUUUAAAGAGAAAAAAAUUGCCAAAUGAAUCACUUGAAAGAAGUGCCACUCUGUCUACAGGCAGAAGCUCGGCAGACCUGCCCACAAACUUACCAUCCGCCUUCACUGUCCCCUGUCCCCCACCCUUGUUCCCCUGGGUCCAGGUCUAGCUGCCUUCCUAGCCCAGGCUGUACCCAGUGUGGCCAACAAGGAGCAGACUCUCAGAGGCCCAAGAGGGGCUUCCGGAGUCAACUGCUUUCCUCUGUUACUUGCCUAACCCACCAUGGCUAGGGAUUUAACUUCAACCCCCUCCCCCCUUCUCUAAAAGAAAAAAUAGUUUGAUAGUAUAUUUUGAAUAUAGAUGUUCUUAUUAUCAGAUUGGAGCUUGAAUUUGACCGUUGAUUUCGAUGUCUGUGUUGUUGCUGUGGUCUCCUCAUCACGACUGCCUCUCUCUUCUUCCAUUCCCCUUUUCCAAAAGAAAGACGGCCUUCAAAACUAAUGUGUGUUCUCAAUGUUAUAUGGACCUUAACACAAGUCUGCCUGUCUCUCUUCAAAGACUUCAACCCACAAAGAAGCAGGUUAAAUGUUGUGCCGAGAUCUCGCUCUCUAACAUGUUGUUGUCUGACCUUAACCUUAUCAUAAUAUUUCUGUUAGCUACUGCAUUGAAUAUACCAAUGUGUGUGAGUAUGUAUUGAGAAAAACAUGUUUGUAAAGUAAAAUUUAUAUAUAAUAUAUGUCAUCAAAGAUACAUAUGUUAUAUAUACAUUUGUGGAUGUAUGACUUAUUUUUCUGUAUCCACAGAAUU